UGGGGGGCAGAGUGCUAGCGCCCCGGCAGCGGCGGCGGCGGCGGCGGGUCCGGAGCCUGAGGACGGCGGACCCGGAGGCGGACGGCGCACGGAGGAGAGCUCGAGGCAGCGGGACGGCCACUCGGCGCAGAGCCCAGGUGGAAAUGAGUUCUCAACAGUUUCCUCGAUUAGGAACCCCUUCCACUGGGUUGAGCCAAGCUCCUUCACAGAUUUCAAACACUGGUUCUGCAGGAUUGAUAAACCCAACUGUUGCAGUCAAUGAUGAAUCCAGUCGAGAUGCUGAAGUCACUGCUAGGGAGCACAUGGGCUCCAGCAGCUCUCUGCAGUCCCGGGAGGAGAAGCAGGAGCCUGUGGUGGUGAGGCCCUACCCGCAGGUCCAGAUGCUGUCCACACACCAUGUCGCCUCAGGUGCGCCCGUCACAGUCACGGCCCCCCCAGCACAUCUGACGCCUGCAGUGCCACUGUCAUUUUCGGAGGGACUUAUGAAGCCGCCCCCGAAGCCCACCAUACCUAGCCGUCCCAUUGCUCCUGCUCCACCUUCUACCUUGUCAUUACCCCCCAAGGUUCCAGGGCAGGUCACCGUUACCAUGGAGAGCAGCAUCCCUCAAGCUUCAGCCAUUCCUGUGGCAACAAUCAGUGGGCAACAGGGACAUCCCAGUAACCUGCAUCACAUCAUGACCACCAACGUGCAGAUGUCAAUCAUCCGCAGCAGUGCACCCGGGCCCCCUCUUCACAUUGGAGCAUCGCAUUUACCUCGAGGUGCAGCUGCUGCUGCUGUGAUGUCCAGCUCUAAAGUAACCACGGUCCUGAGGCCAACUUCCCAGUUGCCAAAUGCUGCUACGGCUCAGCCGGCCGUGCAGCACAUCCUUCACCAGCCAAUCCAGUCUCGCCCACCUGUGACCACCUCUAACACCAUCCCUCCUGCCGUGGUAGCCACCGUCUCAGCCACCAGAGCUCAGUCCCCAGUCAUUACGACAACAGCAGCACAUGCUACUGAUUCAACACUUAGUCGGCCAACUCUGUCUAUCCAGCACCCACCAUCUGCAGCAAUUAGUAUCCAGCGUCCUGCGCAGUCCCGGGAUGUCACCACGAGAAUCACACUGCCAUCGCACCCUGCGUUAGGCACACCAAAACAGCAGCUCCACACCAUGGCUCAGAAGACGAUCUUUAGUACUGGCACGCCAGUGGCUGCAGCAACCGUGGCUCCUAUUUUGGCAACCAACACUAUUCCUUCAGCCACCACAGCUGGAUCCGUGUCGCACACGCAGGCUCCCACGAGCACAAUUGUCACCAUGACAGUGCCCUCGCAUUCGUCCCACGCUACUGCUGUGACCACCUCCAACAUCCCUGUUGCUAAGGUGGUUCCUCAGCAAAUCUCACACACUUCUCCUCGGAUCCAGCCCGAUUACCCUGCGGAGAGGAGUAGCCUGAUCCCCAUUUCAGGACACCGGGCCUCUCCAAACCCUGUGGCGAUGGAAACGCGCAGUGACAACAGGCCAUCUGUUCCUGUCCAGUUCCAGUACUUUCUGCCCACUUACCCCCCUUCUGCCUACCCGCUGGCCGCACACACGUACACCCCCAUUACCAGCUCAGUGUCCACCAUUCGACAAUAUCCAGUUUCAGCUCAGGCGCCAAACUCUGCCAUCACUGCUCAGACUGGUGUUGGGGUGGCGUCCACCGUCCACUUAAACCCCAUGCAGCUGAUGACAGUGGAUGCGUCUCACGCGCGACAUAUCCAAGGCAUACAGCCAGCCCCAAUCGGGACCCAAGGCAUACAGCCAGCCCCCAUUGGGACACAGGGCAUACAGCCGGCCCCGAUCGGGACACAGGGCAUUCACUCAGCAGCCCCAAUCAGCACACAGGGACUGCAGCCGGCACCGAUGGCUACUCCGCAGCCACAGCCUGAGGGAAAGACUUCAGCAGUGGUGUUGGCGGAUGGAGCCACCAUUGUAGCCAACCCUAUUAGCAGUACAUUCAGUGCUGCUCCGGCGGCCACGACUGUGGUACAGACCCAUAGCCAGAGUGCCAGCACCAACGCCCCAGCCCAGGGCUCGUCCCCCCGGCCAAGUAUUCUCCGGAAGAAACCUGCCACAGAUGGAAUGGCCGUUCGGAAAACUCUCAUUCCUCCUCAGCCUCCUGACGUGGCUGGCCCUCGAGUGGAGAGCUCUCUGCGGAGCACAUCCGGGUCGCCCAGGCCUGCGGGUGCCAAACCAAAGUCGGAAAUCCAUGUAUCUAUGGCCACUCCAGUCACUGUGUCUGUGGAGACCAUGUCUAAUCAAAACAAUGACCAGCCCACCAUUGCGGUCCCCCCCACUGCUCAGCAGCCCCCACCAGCCAUGCCAGCCAUGAUCACAGCAGCCAGUCCCCCGUCACAACCCGCAGUCGCCCUCUCCACCAUUCCUGGUGCAGUCCCUGUCACGCCACCUAUUACCACCAUCGCAGCAGCCCCUCCACCAUCGGCAGCUGUGGGCGGCAGUCUCUCCUCCAUUUUGGGCCCUCCGGUACCUGAGAUAAAAGUGAAAGAAGAGUUGGAACCAUUGGACAUCGUGAGGCCGGUUUCUGCAGUUCCGCCGCUGGCCACCAACACUGUGUCUCCAUCUCUUGCGUUGCUGGCUAACAACCUGUCCAUGCCUACAAGCGACCUACCACCUGGUGCCUCCCCGAGGAAAAAGCCUCGAAAGCAGCAGCACGUGAUUUCCACAGAAGAAGGUGACAUGAUGGAGACCAACAGCACUGACGAUGAGAAAUCCACCACCAAGAGUAUGCUGGUGAAGGCCGAGAAGCGCAAGUCUCCUCCCAAAGAGUACAUUGAUGAGGAAGGUGUGAGGUAUGUCCCAGUGCGUCCAAGGCCUCCCAUUACUUUGCUCCGUCACUAUCGGAACCCCUGGAAAGCUGCUUAUCACCACUUUCAGCGAUACAGUGAUGUCCGGGUCAAAGAGGAAAAGAAAGCUAUGCUGCAAGAAAUAGCUAAUCAGAAAGGAGUGUCCUGUCGUGCCCAGGGUUGGAAAGUCCACCUCUGUGCUGCCCAGUUACUACAGCUGACAAAUCUAGAACAUGAUGUUUAUGAAAGACUUACUAACCUACAGGAAGGAAUUAUCCCAAAGAAAAAAGCAGCAACUGAUGAUGAUCUACACCGAAUAAAUGAGCUAAUACAGGGAAAUAUGCAGAGAUGUAAACUUGUGAUGGAUCAAAUCAGUGAGGCCAGAGACUCCAUGCUUAAAGUUUUAGAUCAUAAAGACCGUGUCCUGAAGCUUCUAAACAAGAACGGGACUGUCAAGAAAGUGUCAAAAUUGAAGCGAAAGGAAAAAGUCUAGACCCAGAAUAAUCAGGACUUUGGAAAAAGAAUUUAUGAAGAAUGAUGGUGGGGGUGGGGGUGGGUUUUGGUUCUUUUCAAAGUGGAACUUUGAAAUAAAGGAAGCGUUCCUUAAUUCACACGUGAAAGCAGAGGGACCCAUGGCAUCCAUUGGCACAGAAGGAUCAGCGCUGCCCUGACACGGUGAACCCCCAUUCUUUCUUUCAGGUGUGUCCCCUUUAAUCCUGCUCUGUGGUCAUGAAUGACUUCUGAGGCAUCAGCGUCUGCCAGUCAGAAUCAGUGACACAAAUGGAUGACUGGUGCAUCUUAGCCUCCCCGUUUUAUAAACUAUUUAUCUGGUGGAUUUCUGCAGGACCCAUACUGAGCCUGGACUGAAAGUAUCCACUCAGACCAUCUGGUAUCUCUCUACACUGAAAAUAAAACCUUUCCCUCUCACCCUGGUCGUUCUUUGUCUGACCUUCAGAUGUCCGAGCUGGCCCUGUAGAGCAGUGCCACAGCACCGAGAGCUGCUGCAUCUCACCAUCAAAAGGGUUUGAACUAUUAGUUCUUGUCAAUUUUUUUAAAAGAACCAUUUCAAAGUGAAAUUGUUACAUUGUCUGUCCUGCGUGUGUCUGAGUUGGGUUUUUGUGGUUCAGAGCAGGCAACACCCUAUGUGGCUCUGAGACCCUUGUUCUGAGGUAUGUUCUUGGGUCUCUGUACUUCUGUAGCUGGUGUGAUGCUGUUAAUUGUAUGUACCACACAUCGCCAAACAUUUAAAUAAAGGACUCAAAGAGGUUUUUGUA